GUUUCUCUGCAGGUUGAACCCAGCUAUUGCUCAGAAAGGCAGCAACAGGCAAAGAGGCAACGUGUCUGGGCACAAUGCCGAGAGGGCUGAUAAUAUCCACCUUCUUCCUGCUGCCUGGAUUCAUUUUCACACAGGAAGAGCCCUUUGCUAUUUAUGUCCCAGUGGAGGGAAAGCGCAUUGUCCUGAAUGGAUCGGAUAUUCCCGCUGGUGGCACUGCUGUCUGGGACUGGAGACCACACCGGGGGGAGCCCAGCACAAAGGCGCUGGUCGAAGUGAAGGCGGUGGGACACGGCUGGAGAGCAGAAUGGCUCAGUGAAGGUCUGAAGAGCAACGGACCCAGGUGGCAUCGGAUCAACGACUCUCGCCAUCUUACCAUCGAAAAGGCUGCUUUUGAAGCUGCCGGGCUGUUUACCCUCAGACAGACGGAACCUGAGAGGAAAAUACUGAAACAGCAUGAAAUAUUUCUGAUCAAAGUUGAGCGGGAUCCCCGGUAUCAGUAUCUGGGCAGUGAUGUCACCUUCAGCUGUACCAUCUCCAGGCUCCCUGAUACCGUCAGUCUUCACUGGACAGAGAAAGAAUCAUCUCGGAAUAAGAGGAACAACACAGACCAGAUCCAGCUGAAUAACACAGUCUAUCUGAUAGUCCGUGAUGCCCAAACACAGGAUAAGGAACGAUAUGCUUGUGAAAUACAAGCUCAUGGAAGAACAGUUCUCACUGUUGAUAUCGAAUUGUAUCUCAGUCUAUCAAUCUUUGGGAAAGAAUAUACAAGCUUCUUGCCAAUUUUUGGUGAUAAUCCACUCUACCUGAACUGUAAAGUUGAUUCCAACUAUAAUCAUUCAGCAUGGCAUUGGAAAAGCUACAAUGAUGGAAAACAGAGGAGGGUGAUGUCUUCUGAUGACAAGAGACAAAGGGAUACAAGUAUCCCAGAGCUUUGGAAUAGAAUCAGUCUGCAAGAUUCUGAUGGGAGGAGCUUUCCUCUGCAGAUUUCCCCUGCAGAGUUUGAAGAUGCAGGAAACUACACUUGUACCAUGGACACAGCGAAAGUGGUGACAGUGGAACUGAUGACCACCAAACUGACAGUGAUUCCCUCUCGUCCAUUGGCUGAAGGAGAGAGCGUUACCCUUACCUGCUCUGUUUCACACCUCAGAGAAGCAACAAGGCUCAUUUGGAUGGAGACUGGCAGGAAAAGCUUUGUUAAAGAAAAGACAUUUGACGCCCUGGGAGAAGGAAACUUCAGCCUGUCACUGUUCAUUCAGAAGAUCGGGCAACACAACAGAAGGUGGACCUGCCUUGUGUUUAAUCGAAAAAUGCCAAGGAUUUUUAUCACAAUCCAGCUUGAUGAUAAUGAGCAAGAUAAGAUUGCUUAUUUUAACCUCAUUCUCAUAGCUGUGGUACCUGUGCUUCUGUGCCUCAUCGCAGCAAUGAUAACCUACCAGAGGAGGAUCCAUAAACCAGUCAAUGAAGAUCAAAGGGAACCAGAAGGUAGUCAGACAAUCCCAAACUCAGAACGGUGCACUGAAGAGAUGCAUUAUGCUGCUGUCAGGUAUCAAAAAAGACCAGUCGAUGAAGAUCAAAGAGAACCAGACUCAGAACCAUACACUGAAGAAAUUCAAUACGCUGCUGUCAGAUUUCAAAAGAGGCCAGUGAAAAUGGACAACUUCACAUUUAUUGUCAAUGAAGAUCAAAGGGAACCAGAAGGUAGUCGGACAAUCCCAAACUCAGAACCAUACCCUGACGAAAUUCAAUACGCUGCUGUCAGGUUUCAAAAGAGACCAGAGUCAACGGGCUUCAGGUGAAGAGAAAUCAUCUGUAAUCUUUGGCACUGUAAUUCAAUUGAACAUCUGAGUUUGGAAAAGCAAAACCUGCAGAUAAUGGAAAUGUGAAGUAAAAGCAGAAAAUGUGGGACAUUUCAACUGUAUCUUGAAUGGCACACGAAUAUAAGAACCAAAGAGGCCUAUUCUGUCCUUCAAGCCUGUUUAUCAGGCACAGUAGCGUGGCAGGUAGCAUAAUGCUAUUACAGAGCCAGUGACCCGGGGGUUCAAUUCCGGCCACUGUCUGUAGGGAGUUUGUACGUUCUGCCCAUGACUGUGUGGGUUUCCUCCAGGUGCUCCAGUUUCCUCCCACAUUCCAAAGACGUACGGAUUAGGAAGUUAUGGGCAUGCUAUGUUGGUGCCGGAAGUGUGGCAACACUUCUGAGCUGCCUGCAGAAAAUUCUGAGCAAAGAUGCAUUUCACUGUGUGUUUCGAUGUACAUGUGACUAAUAAAGAAAUCUUAUCUUAUCUUAAAUGGUCCAUCUAAAUUUUAACUUUACCUGCUCUUCUUAGUACAGUGACCACUAACAUCAUGACACCUUAAUCUCAUAUUGAGAUUUUUA